AAACACCGAAGAUUAUCCAGAAAAUUCCCUGUGUCUAUUACGAUAAUUGGUUAGUGGAUUUAUAUACAAGCUUUAGCGUUCCUCGAAAUCCCCAUAAUUCACAACACGCCCAUGCAAAGCUUGUGCAACCUUGUUCAUCACAGGCAGCCGCAUGUCUAACAAGCUGACUUACCUUUCUUUCCUGUCGCAUUUUCGCAAUUCCAUCUUCCAACCGUCCGCAUCACCGCGUCCUUUUGCGACAACCAAGAUACAAUUUAACAAUUGCCAAUUAUCGCCAUUCUCCAACACAACCAAACUUUGAUAUCGUCAAUCAAUUCUUUAUUCGCGUGCGAUUGCUAUCGCACAGAGUCAAUCGGUCAAACUUGACGAUGUCUCAGCAUGCACCGACCUCGCGCUCGAGGCCAGAGCCUCCUGGUACCGAAGAGGCCACCACCGUUCUCAAGCUUGGAGAGUUCCAAGAUGUCGAUACUCUCACAUUGUCCGAAGCUGCUCUGGUCAUCAAUGCCCUCGUAGCCAAACGCCGAAAUGAUCGCAAGAACGUGAACGAGACAGAUAUGUUGACGAAGACUGUCGACUAUCUAGACACGUUUGCACGCUUCAAGAAGAAGGAAAGUGUAGAAGCUGUUGAGCGUCUCUUGAGCUCAUAUCCCAAGCUGCACAAGUUCGAGCGAGCACAACUUGGAUCUCUCUGUUGCGAGACGGCUGAGGAAGCCAAGUACCUCAUUCCUUCCCUCCAGAACAAGAUCUCUGACGAGGAACUCCAAGAGAUGCUCGACGAGAUCUACAAGUUAAUGCCCCGGUAAUCAUCUCGACGAACUUUUCUAGAUAUCCCGCCUCCGUUAUUUCCAACGAUUCAUCAGAUCGACAUGAAGGCACUAGAACGGACUUGCUUCGAGUUUGAGAAGUCGUGAUGAUGAUAAUCAGUUUCAGGAUGGAAUUAUGCAGAUUUCUUUUGAGGCGUUUCAUUUCAACUAGACCAGAGGACUGGUAAUUGCACAUGGACGGCGUAGGAUAGGAAAAGACUUCUGUUUCCCUUUGGUGUUCUUCUAUACCCCCAUAAGAUCGGCAGAUAAAGGCAGACGCAAAAAUAGCAUUUGAUUGAUUUCCCACAAGUAUCCAUCGAUCCCGAAUCUGGUGUCUUCCCUUCCGCUCAUAAGGUUGUCACUCAAAUUACAAGCUAUAUCACUGCUUCAACGUCUAUCUUAGGAGCAUUGGUUGGUGAAAAUGCGGUUUCUUUAAUUUAAAUCAGCAUAAGCAAGUUAGCUAUAAGUUUUUAACCCGCUAAUUUAGUAACGAGUAUAUAGUACGCGGCAUAACGAUACCCGUGAGGAUAUCAUCAUGGUAUUCCUCCAACCUCAGCUUCAGCGACUGACCUAAUCACCCAAAACAUCCUCCCUAUUCCGAUCCGCUGUGUCAAAUCUCCUUUCCUCUUUCUCUUUCCCCCUUCAUCUCACUUAAAUCUCCCCCCAAACCAUUCCUCCACCAAUUCCACCACCACAAAUCCUAC